CCAGACCCUAAACCUGUAUAGUUUUUUUCUCCGGCACUACCACAACAAAAAUCCAUUCGGGGAUACCGGCAGAUGGUCUACACGAGCGCCCUCUAGAUGCCGCCCUCGGAAAGAUAAGAAGGAAAAGGGACACAAAAAAUUAAAAAAAUAAUCUUUUCAGUUUUACCUAACCAACAACAUGGCGACGAUGGAUUUGGAUUGAGAAAGAGGUCGUGGUGUUACGUUUUUUGACCGCACACCUGUGUACAUGUGGUGGUACAGAUCGGGAUACUCCAGCCUCCUGCCCUUCGAAAAUCAUGGAUGUGGGUGCUUGAAGCGAUGUGCGAAGUGCCCGCUCAGACAAGGAGGAUCGGCGUGUGAGUGAUCAGGAUGAGCCUCGGUGUUCUGAGCCUGGACCAAGAGAUUGGUGCGAGCGACGCCGUCCAGCUAGAUCCUCUCACCGAGGAAGCCUUCAUCGCAAACCUACACCAACGGUUCAAAAGGGACCAGAUCUACACCUACAUCGGGAACGUGGUGGUUUCGGUGAAUCCUUACAAGAAAUUGGCUCUGUACACGACGGAAGUCAUCCACGCCUACCAACGCUACUCCAUGUAUGAGCUACCUCCACACAUCUACGCCGCUGCGGACGCCAGCUUCAGAUCCAUGAAGGACCGCAACCUCGAUCAAAGCGUCAUCAUCACUGGCGAGAGCGGGGCGGGGAAGACAGAGGCUUGCAAGUGUGUGAUGCAAUACUUGGCCAUGGUAUCCGGUUUUGCGAGCGACAUGGACUGCAUCAAGGAGCAACUACUACAAUCAAAUUUUAUUUUAGAAGCUUUCGGGAACGCAAAAACGCAACGGAACGACAACUCUUCAAGAUUUGGGAAAUAUAUGGAGAUCGAAUUCGAUUUCAAGGGAUGUCCGGUUGGGGGAUCAGUCACAAAUUACCUCUUGGAAAAGUCUAGGGUUGUGGUUCAAGCUCAAGGGGAGAGAAACUUCCAUAUUUUUUAUCAACUGCUCAGCGGUGCCGAUGUGCAUCUCUUAAAAAGUCUGAAGCUUCAGCGGAAUGCAGACAAAUACCAGUUCUUGCACGAGAGCAGGUGUUUGCAUGCAAACAACGUCGACGACAAGGCUUCCUUCAUCACCACGAGGAGGGCCUUCGACAUGCUGGGCUUCAGCCCUGAGGAGACGCUCUCCACGUUUCAGGUUGCCUCUUCUGUGCUCAAGCUGGGAAACAUCCAAUUCCUGCCCCGGGCCAACAUGGACGGAACAGAGAGUUGCUCCCUCGUUAACGAGUACGAGGUGUACGAGGUGAGCGAGCUCCUCCAGGGGGAAGUCUCUGUACUGCAAGCCGCACUCACCCAAAGAACCGUCGAGACGAGGCAUGACGUGAUAGUCACUGAUCUCUCUGCGACGGAGGCCAACUACGCAAGAAAUGCCUUAUGCAAAGCUUUGUAUAGUCGCUUAUUUACUUGGUUGGUUAAUAAAAUCAACGAUACAAUCAGGGCAAAAAGAAUAGGUAAAAGAAAAUGUAUAGGAAUGUUAGACAUAUAUGGUUUUGAAGUCCUGGAGUUCAACUCGUUCGAGCAGCUCAUUAUUAAUUACUGUAACGAGAAACUCCAACAGAUUUUAAUAGAAUUAACACUGAAAGCAGAGCAAGAAGAGUAUAUCCGGGAGGGUAUCCAGUGGGAGCACAUAGAUUAUUUCAACAACGCUGUCAUAUGUGAUCUUAUCGAAAAGAACCACCACGGCAUCCUGGCUCUGCUGGACGAAGAGUGCCUUCGGCCUGGUCCGGUCAGCGACGAGACCUUCCUCUACAAGCUGACGCAGGCCUGCCAAGACAACCCUUACUUCGAAAGCAGAGGAUGCAGGAAUUUCGUCGCGGACAGCACCCUCCCCCACCACAGCUUCAGGGUCAGGCACUACGCGGGCGCAGUGACUUACUCCGUGACGGGUUUCAUUGACAAAAACAACGACAUCCUCCACAGAGACCUUUCCCAAGCCAUGUACAAAACAGACCAGCCUCUUCUCAAGACUUUGUUUCCAGAAGGAAAUCCCAGGCGGACGACCCUGAAACGCCCCACCACAACUGCCACCCAAUUUCGAAUAUCACUCGGUGCAUUAAUGAAGAGUAUUCAAGGACGAAACGCUCUUUACGUUCGCUGCAUCAAGCCGAACGAGCUCAAGCAACCCAUGAUUUUCGAGAUGGCUCUCGUCCAGCAUCAAGUCAGAUAUCUCGGGUUGAUGGAAACGACGCGGAUGCGGAAAAGCGGCUACGCCCACCGUCAGGACUACGAGUCGUUCCUUCAGCGCUACAAGAUGCUGUCGCCCAACACCUGGCCCACGUGGUCCGGUCUGCCUGUGGAAGGGGUCACCAACCUCCUGCGAUUCAGUCCCGUCCAUAACUCUGACUACUGCUUUGGCAGGACCAAGAUCUUCCUCAAAAACAGCAAGACCCUGUACGAGCUGGAGCGGUUCCGGCAGGAGAGCCUGCACGACCUGGCAACCCUCAUCCAGAAGGUGUUUCGGGGCUGGGUGCACAGAAGGCUCUUCGUGCAGAUGAGGAGGAGUCAGAUCAUGCUCGCCACCAACUACCAGGCAUGGAAGAGACGACGGUACCUGCUGUGGUUGGCCAGGCACCUGCCAUCCGAGUCUCCCCUAUGCAGGGAGUGGCCACCCUCGCCCAGAUGCCUGCAUGAGACCAGCUACUACCUUAGGAAACUCUAUCACAAAUGGAGGUGCCACAAGUACCGGCUGAGGUUCGAUCAGACAGCGCGGAACCGAAUGAGGGAGAAAGUGACGGCGAGCCUCUUGUUCAGAGACAGAAAAUCAUCCUAUCCUAAAAGCGUGUCCCAUCCAUUCCGUGGCGACUAUGUGCGCCUGCGUCACAACGUCAAGUGGAAGAAGAUCGCGGCGGAGACGGGCGACCAGUACGUCGUCUUCGCGGACAUCAUCAACAAGAUCGCUCGGGCGAGCGGAAAGUGCCUCCAAACUCUGUUUGUUGUGAGCACGAGCGCCAUGUUGGUGAUGGACCACCGGACCCUGCAGAUCAAGUACCGGAUCCCGGCCACUGACAUCUUCCGGAUAUCACUCAGCCCCUUCAUGGACGAUUUGGCCGUCUUCCAUGUUAGAUCUUCCGAGGCGACGCGGAAGAAGGGCGAUUUCCUGUUCGAGACGGGUCACGUGAUAGAAAUAGUGACCAAACUGUACCUGGUCAUUCAAAAUGCCACUGGAAAACCUCCCGAAGUCAACGUAGCAACAGAGUUCGAAGCCAACUUCGGCAAAGAGAACGUUGUCUUAGCAUUCAAGUGUGCCGGGCUUUCCGAGGUCCAACCGGGCCAGGUCAAGAUUUAUAGACGAGGAAAUCGAAUGGAAGUGGUAUUAUGAGGAAAGCUCUUUCCUUAGCCAAUCCCUUUGCCAACCGGUGUUCGAAACCCGUGAUCGAAACACCCCUGAGGAAACCGGUGCUACUUGAAACGGGCUGAGACCGACUUCCUGGCUCUUAGAAAAGAUCCCAGGGAACCAGUGGCUUCUCUCAAUCAAAAAUGUUCAGCACGGAGCGCCUACUGGUGGAGGUGGAACGAACUAACAAGGCCGAUUUCCAAACCACCGUGGUUGAAUUUAGCAAUUUUUAGGGAAUAAUUAAUAUUAAUAUAAAAUAUAGCGAUUGAAUUUUUGGUGCUCUGAAGUUCGCAGUUAGAUUUGGAGAAAACAAAUGAAAAAAGUUUAAUAUAUAUUGUAUAUAAUAAUUUGAGAUUUUAAAUGACGUUUAGCAGUUAUAUGAACUGACUGUUGCAUGUUAAUUCUUAAAACGUAUACGUUGUAAAAUAAUCCUCUUGAUUUUGUUAUCCGUACUGUUACCGGAGAACUGUUUCACGUGGACACAACAAUCCAUCUUUCAGAAACUGGAUACAUUUAUGAUGCUUUGAUAGAAAAAAAAACUGAAGGGGGAAAAAUUACUCCCAUUGUUAACUGGAAAAAAAAAUCUAUAUUCUGUUUUUACCUUUUCAAUUUUU